GAGAGGGGAGCUGUACUGCAGUGAUGGACUGGGCUGACCUGACCACCUCCUGUAACGCCUUCCUGUCAGACAGCGAGCACUGCCACUGCACUGUAAUUCCACAUGUCAGCACACUCUCAAUAACGCACCUGCAAAAUGUGGUCAGGACAGCCAGAGAUAGACCAGAACAGGUCACGGUUAAUUCCGUGCUGAAAGGUCUGUCUUUAUAUUUUGAAGACGGUCACGAUGACUUGGAUGACUUUGGGUUUGACGACUACGGCUCGGAGUGCGACGGGAUCCGGAUAACGGCGUUCCUGGAUGCAGGGCAGGACAACCUCACGCCACUGGGCCGCCUGGAGAAGUACGCCUUCAGCGAGAACGUCUUCAACAGGCAGAUCGUGGCCCGUGGCUUGCUGGACGUGCUGCGGGAGUUCAGCGACAAUGAGAACGACUUCAUCACCGUCAUGGAAACAGUGGCCAGGAUGUCUGAGGAUGGAGAACCCACGGUGCGUGCUGAGCUCAUGGAGCAGGUGCCCAACAUCGCCAUGUUCCUGCACGAGAGCCGGCCCAACUUCCCCGCGGCCUUCUCCAGGUACCUGGUGCCCAUCGUGGUGCGGUACCUCACCGACCCCAACAACCAGGUGCGCAAGACGAGCCAGGCGGCGCUGCUGGUCCUGCUGGAGCAGGGGCUCCUCGGCAAGAGCGAUGUGGAGAGCAGGGUGUGCCCCGUUCUGCUGGACCUCACCGCGCCCGGCAGCGACGACGACUACAAGAUCGAGGCCGUGGCGAUCAUGUGCAAGCUCGUCGCCGUGCUCGGCGCGGACACCGUGGAGCGCCUCCUGCUGCCCCGCUUCUGCGAGCUCUGCGGCGACGCGCGGCUCUUCCAGGUCCGCAAGGUGUGCGCUGCUAAUUUUGGGGAGCUCUGCUCCAUUGUGGGGCAGGAGGCCACGGAGAAGCUGCUGAUGCCGCGGUUCUUCGACCUGUGCUCGGACAGCCUGUGGGGGAUCCGCAAGGCCUGCGCCGAGUGCUUCAUGGCGGUGUCCAGCUCCACGUCGCCCGAGGUGCGGCGGACACAGCUGUCCCCGCUCUUCAUCAGCCUCAUCAGCGACCAGUCCCGCUGGGUGCGACAGGCGGCGUUCCAGUCUCUCGGCCGCUUCAUCUCCACCUUCGCCAGCCUGUCCGGUGGGGGGCUGGAGCUCCGCCAGCACGGAUUGCCGCAGGGCGUCGCCAGGUGCCCCCCACCUGCCACGCCCCCUGGUGGCACACCUGUCCACAGGUGUGAGCGCCCCCUGGAGGGUACAGUUGGCAAAGACGGAAACAGGAGCUGCUGUGAGGCAGGAGGCUGCCGGGCAGCUGGGGACUCGGCCUCCACCCCAGCUCCAGCGCUGCCCCCUGCAGGCAGCACAGACACGCCGGCCGCUUCUGCCACCUCUGCAGUGGCCCAGUGCAACAGCUCACCACACAACUGCCCCGCUGCUCUGGGGCCAGAUGGGGAGUUUGAGGACACGUUUAAUUCCUUUAACUACUGGAGGCCACCCCUCCCAGACAUCAGCCAGGACCUGGAGCUGCUGCAGACUGAGGGGACACCCCAGGGGGGUGUUGGUUGGGGACCCCAGGGGCACGCCACCAGCACCCAGAUCCAGAAGGUGCUGGACAGCCUGCAGCCACACCUGGACGACCCCAACGUGCAAGCCCAGGUGGAGGUGCUGUCGGCCGCCCUGAAGGCAGCCCAGCUGGAGAGUCAGUCAGAGGAGGAGGCAGCGGAGGGCGGUCAGGCUGGUCAGGACUCCAGCAAAGGGGGCGCGCAGCCAGCACCUGACCCGUCGCCACCCCCAGCUGCCCCUGCCAUCGACCCGGACCCGGCCCCAGCACCGGCCCCAGCACCGGCCCCAGCCCCAGCCCCAGCCCCAGCACCGGCCCACAGCCCCGCUCAGAGCCAGAUCGAACCUGCCCCGAGCCCACAGGCCUCCCCGGUCAGCUGUGGUGACACGGAGAGGGCGCCGCAGCUGAUAGAGACCAUGGAGGAGAUGCAGAGAGACCCCAGUCUCAGCCUGCUCUGUGAGGAGGAGAAAUCCAAAGUCCAGGACGUGAUCCCUCAGCAGCUGCUGGACCAGUACCUGUCCAUGACGGACCCGGCCCGGGCGCAGACCGUGGACACCGAGAUCGCCAAGCACUGUGCCUUCAGCCUGCCCGGUGUGGCGCUCACACUGGGCCGGCAGAACUGGCACUGCCUCAGGGACACCUACGAGACCCUGGCCACAGACGUGCAGUGGAAAGUACGGAGGACCCUGGCGUUCUCCAUCCACGAGCUGGCAGUGAUCCUGGGGGACCAGCUGACCGCAGCCGACCUGGUUCCGAUCUUCAACGGCUUCCUGAAGGACCUGGACGAGGUGCGCAUCGGCGUGCUCAAACACCUGUACGACUUCCUCAAGCUGCUACACGCAGACAAGCGCAGGGAGUACUUGUACCAGCUUCAGGAGUUCAUGGUGACGGACAACAGCCGCAACUGGCGCUUCAGAUACGAGCUGGCCGAGCAGCUGAUCCUGAUCGUGGAGCUGUACAGCGCUGGUGAUGUGUACGACUACCUCCGGCAGAUAGCCCUGACCCUCUGCUCGGACAAGGUGGCCGAAGUGCGAUGGAUCUCCUACAGGCUGGUGGCGGAGAUCCUGCGGAAACUGUACGCCAGUGGGGGCCACGACCUGGGCCAGAACUUCAUCGACGAGCUCGUCGCCCGGUUCUGCCGCAGCCCCAAGUGGGUGGGGCGCCAGGCCUUCGCUUUCAUCUGCCAGGUGGCCGCCGAGGACGACUACCUCCCAAUGGACCAGUUUGCCCAGCACCUGCUCCCCAGCCUGCUGGGCCUGUCGUCGGACCCCGUGGCCAACGUGCGGGUGCUGGUGGCCAAGGCACUGCGGCAGACGGUGCUGCAGAAAGAGUUCUUCAAGGACCCCCGCAGCCCCUACGCAGACGCCCUGGAGGAGACGGUGAUGUCCCUGCAGGCAGACCGCGACAGGGACGUGCGUUUCUUCGCCAGCCUGGAGCCCAGCAGCAGCCCCCCGGACACGACGGCUUUAAUCUAGGCGCGCCCCCGAGGCCGGUCACCAGCAGAAUGGAGCAGCACACACCAGCGCCCCACCCUGGCGCCUGGCGCCUGGCUCCUGGCUCCUGCCAGCCCCCCUCACUCCUCGGCCUCUUCCUCUUCCUGCGUCUCCUCGCCCUGUGGGCCGGCCCACGAGACUGCCCCCUUCCUCUCUAGCGCGGGGGGCGGCCUGCUCGAAGACAGAGCACGGGGAAGGGGGCAGAGGGGCAGGCCCGCCCGUGAGCCCGCGCUAGAGGAAGCCCGGCCUCCUGACCGCAGGGGAUGAACAGUGUGCGCACCUCUCUUUCUCUCUCGGCUGCAGCGUCCAGCCACAGGUCGGACAGACACACGUGCAGCUCUGUUGGAGGUCCAGCAACAGGCUCUCUCAACGUACUGUGUUUUUUUUUUAGCUGGAUUUUUUUAAACGUCACUUUGUAGUGUAUGAGUAGGAAAAUGAGAAAACGGGUAUAAACGACACUCAGGGGGACUGAUUUUCUCACCAGUAGCUCGUCUGCCAGGGACUGUGUCUGAGUCCCACCCUGCAGCCCCCCGCAGCGGAGGAGCAUGCGUUCGUUAAGCACUGCAGCCCGCGUCUCUCCGCACGACCACUGCCCCCACGCGCCCUCCUUCUGCACUUCGCCUUGACCGUGAACCGAGAUCUGAUCGUUCUCUCUCCGCUCGCUCUCGGGGCUUGAGAAAGACACCCUUGUUGUUUGUUGUCAAAGACGCAUUUCCAGGCCCUCGCGUCGUGCGAGAGCUCCGCCUCCGUCCCUCUGUUGGGGAGAAAGGCCCUGUGUCCACCUGUUGACCUGGGUCAGUCAGUUCCACAGAGAGGGUGGGGCUGGCGAUGGCGAUGGGUUCCUGUGUGGAGAAUGCUGGUCCUACCCCAGUGGAGGGAGGACAUUCGCCCAUUACAGGUGUGUCACAGGACGGAGGAGAAGCUCACAGGGGGACAAGCCUGUAGGUGUUCCAACCAGUGACUCCCAUCUUGGGCUGAGACGCACCCCGUUCUGCUGUGGGGGGGGUGCUGGAGCGCAGUUAGAGGUGACCAAUGGCAGGAACGGUCGGCGCCCUCAUCUCGCCCCAAGCCCUUGGGCUGCGAGAGGGGGCUCAUGGGAAGGCGGGAGACGGCCAAGAGCCGCUCAGGUGUGUGCAGGCCAUCACGCAGGUGGCAGGUCAGGACCUUCACUCGAACUGGAAGUAUUGUUUGCGGAAGCCGAGUGGCACAGGGACAAGCCUGGCUUCCUCCUGCUUUUCCGCUGGGCCAGCUGGGCAGCGAGAGGGAACAGCAAGAGCCUAGAGAUCCGGAACGUCGCAGGUGUCCCUGGAUCUUGCUUUGAAUCUGAGGAAUGGCACUUAGCAGCUGCAGUGGAGAGGCAGAGCCUGGCACUAGCAGGAAGCAUGUGGACAUGGAGUCACCAAAAACGUUUCUUUUUUUAGAUUGUAGUUGUGGAUUUGUUGUUAUGUGCAGCAGGUCAUUCCGUCAGCAGGCAUUAGACUCAAAACAAGCGUGCUGAUGUCACUGUCGAACCCGGGUUCGCAAAAUGGCCCUGCUGUCCGUGACUACGCUCACUGUAAAGCCAAGAGAUCUCAUCUCUCUGUCCUCACUGUUCGUCCUCUCUUUUUUAAUGUGAUAGAAAUGUUUAUAAAUAUUUUAUGAAAUCAGAUUUUCUCUGUAUUAAUGUACCUUGUUUAUGGAUUUCAAAGAUUUUGUAUAUUUGCAGUUUCCAGGGUUUUGCAGUUGUUUUUUUAGUAUUCAGUGAUUAUUAAAUUGUUGGUUCUCUCUGUGAAAGAAAAAUAUUAAAUCCUUUCAGACUGUUCAGGAUCUUGGGGAAUACUGUUGCAAAGUAUUCCUGUAUUUGAAAUGCAGGUAGUUGCAAAUCAGCAGUAAGACACGUUUGAAAUAAAUUUUGUUGUUGAUAAGGGAA